CCUUACCCGUUCCAUGAAGUUGCAGAUCAAGAUGCGGUAUCAACAUGUUGAUGGUGAUCAAGAUGAACCUUCAAAUGCUGAGGAAGCUGCAGAGCCGCAGAGCGCGUCAACGUCCAGGUUCUUCCUCCUCAGCAAGGGUUCUCCCAAACGUUUAGCGAGUAUGGGUACGAUGUCUGAGGUUGAUUCUCGCGAAGCCGCUCAAUACGCCCGUCAAGGGUUUUAUACUUUGGCUGUUGCCAUGCGUGAAGUCGACAGUGCCUUUGUUCGCCAGGUUGUUGGAGGAGACUUGUUCUCUGCAGGAAAAGCUGGCUCCGACUCCACAGAAGAAGUGAUGCUUCGCCGAUCAGAUGUGGA